AUGUUAUUUCAAACCACCGCAGUAGUCCUUUUCGUCGCAUCCUCCAGCGCCCAUUCUUGGGUUGAACAGCUUAGUGUGAUCGCGCCCAAUGGGACCUUCACUGGCACCCCAGGAUAUGCACGGGGAAAUUACCUUCGCACAGCAGAGGGAUUCAAUGAUACGACAAUGACAUACCUCAUUCCUCCAAACACCCAGGCCAACACAACGGUCAUCUACCCCACAACCAAGCUCUGCAAAGGCACACAGCAAGACCAAACGCAAACACCAGGCAGCCCACGACUAGAAGCCAAUGCAGGCGACGCGAUCGCACUACGAUACCAAGAAAACGGUCAUGUCACUUUACCCUGGAAUCAACCAGGCAAGCCACCAAACCGAGGCACGGUGUUUGUAUACGGGACGACAGAGCCCAAGGUCGGUGAAACCCUACUUGAUGUCCACGGGGUAUGGAACUGGGAUGGCACGGGUGGAGAUGGACGUGGAGUGCUUUUGUCUGAGCAAAACUUCGAUGAUGGUCGCUGUUAUCAAAUAAAUACCGGUAACAUCUCGGAGGCUCGACAGGAAAAAUAUCCCCAUCAAGCGAACCAGUUAAUGGGCGCUGAUCUGUGGUGUCAACAAGAUGCCCAGCUACCCAAUACUGCUCCAAGUGGUAAAGUAUACACUCUUUAUUGGGUAUGGGACUGGCCAACUUUGCCAGAUAUUGAUCCUACAUACCCCGAUGGGAAAAAGGAGAUUUACACUACAUGUAUGGAUAUCGACGUUGUGGACAAAUCUACGAGUCGUGUGCAGGUGACCGACAGCUACAUUCAUGAUCAGAGUCUCGACAAUGCAGCCAUUCCAUCAGAAUUAAAUGACUUGACGAACGAGGAUGCUGUUACUGUGACAGAUUCUUCGUCGACGGCAUCGGCUGCCCUUAAUGAGAAUACUGGGUCUGCCUCGGUCUUAAAGUCGACCACCCAGACUGCCCAAACCACACAGAUCAUUCAAAGUACUCAACCCACCACGUCUGCAAGCGCAGCUACUGUGACUGUCACUGUUGGCGCCGUGACGGCUUGGCGCACAGUGACCAAGGUGGAAAUACAGGAACAUACGGUGACUAUCAAUAGUUGCCAAUCAACCGGGAACACUGGUUAG